CUUAAGAGACAGGGAUCUGGGCCCGGGAGGCAGCAAUGGACCAAGGUCAGCCAUGGCCGAGAAGGGGAUACUAAUGUAGUGCGCCACUUUUUGAGGGCUGCUGACCGUCGGUGGCAUCUUAAAGCUUUUCGGGGCUUCGUUUCUCUUCCUGCCUCUCUCUGGGCAUACUCCUCUGGUACCCGGGUAUUCCUGCAGUAAAUCGUAACCUUUGGCUUGAUCCGGAGACAGCACCCCAACCCCAGCAGUGCCUAGACUGACUGCGGCAGAUGAGACAGGAAAAUGGAACAAGAAAUAGGGAAAGGAAAAAAGAGAAUGAAAGUCCAAAAGGGGAAGAAGCAGAUGAAGAAGGAGGAGGAGGAGAAAAAGGAGGAAGAGGAAGACCAGGAGGAAGAAAAUGACAGCAACUAUGACGCUGAAGAGGAAGACGAAGGCGAGGAGAAAGAAGAGGGCGAAUACGACCAGGAGGACAAAGGCAAUGAAGAAGACUACUACCAGGAAGGAGAGAACAUGGAAGGGCAAGAGAAGGUGACAGAGGGAUCAGGUGGAAUAUCCAAGAAACUGAUUUUUUCAACUCUGGUUGGAGGUGGCAUAAUUGUAGUCUUAGUGUUUAUGGUCAGCCUUAGUAAGCAAGUGGAACAAAAAAGAAGGGAUAUGAAACUAGGAGAAGAGCCAUGCUCAGAUGAAUCAACUAUGUGUCCAAAAGAUUGGCUCAGAGUCUUUUAUAAAUGCUACUACCUAUCAUUGGAUCAAAAGACCUGGAAUGCCAGCCAGAAAACGUGUAGGUCUCUUGGUGCAUCUUUGGCUACAUUCAGCACAAUAAAGGAAAUGGAAUUCCUGAUGAAACGUAUUGGCUCUUCUCCCUACUGGUUUGGACUAAUAAAUGAAAAUGGAGUCUCAUUCUGGACAUGGGAAAAUGGAACUUCAGUCUCCAAAUGGAUAUGGAUUGAAGGAACUGGUUGUGCCCAUUUAUCCCCUAAAGGCAUUUCUACUGAUAGUUGUGCGUCUCAAAGAAACUAUAUGUGCAGCAAAGCAGAAAAAUGUUUCUAAGAAAGAGUGGCAUCCAUUGAAAGGAAAUUUAGGUUUUUUCUGGUGCACGCAAAGGUAUAUACAAUAGACACUUCCCUUCUUCUCAAACACUUUAUGAUGUAAAUAUAUAUGUGAGAAAUUUGGGGUUUCCUGUUAUUUUUUUAUACAGUACCAUGUGUGGUGAUGAAAAGGGGCAGAGGAAUCUCAGAGCUGUGUCUCUUGCUCUCACUUGUGGCUUGUAUUAGAGACAAGAAAAUGGAUAGGAGGAGGGAGUGAUGAAUGGUUAUGGGAGUACACAGCCUGUCCAAGAAGGCUAAGUCAAGUGUCAUUAUAGACACUCUGUGAAAUGCUUCAUCCUGUUUCCAAAGAUUAAUAGUUAAGUCCUAUAAGCCAGUAAUAAGGCCGUUUAUAAGCAUAAUGAGGUGACAUCUAUAACUAGGAUGGGGCAGCAUGUGGAAAAGCUCUAUCUGAACCAUUUUAUUACAUUCCAAAACUUCAGGAUGGGCCAGAUGUGACUAGUUAAUAUCAUCUGGCCCAGUGAAGAACCUAAUUAGACUAAUCAGAUAGUGAAAAGGCCAACUCCCUCUGGUCAAAGUUUAAACAGAAUCUUUGAAGGGGGAAAAACCAUUAGAGGUGAUCUGGUUUAACCCCUCUCUGAAGCAUGAAUCUCCUCAACAUUAUUGCCCUGCCAGUGUCUUAACUCCCUAAAGUAAUUGUGUUUCAAUUUUACUGCUUUUAUUUACACAUUCUUUUCUUUUAAAAACAAUAAAUGCCUUAUUUUGUAUCUUUCUGGAAUUGUUCAUUUGCUUAAUUUUCUUCAUUGUUUCAUGAAAGAGGGGCAAUCAU